AUGAGUCUUCUUUUCGUACUACCUGCCAGAGCAGUAAAUGGAAUGUGUCAUGUGUUUGUAAAAUUGAAUACUAUCUAUACGCGAAUAUCUUCUUAUCUAGCUUCUAAUGGCUCAGUUCACCGUCAUGGUCAAUCUGUGGCCAUUGAAAAUCGACGUACAUCAACUAAAUUCAAUAGUCAACUAGCAUUAUUAACCGCUGAGUCGCCAAAAGAUGAAGUCGUAUUGAAAAGACGUCUGGGUUUAUUUUCGGGAGUCUGUAUUGUUAUUGGAACUAUUAUUGGUUCUGGAAUAUUUAUUUCUCCGAAAAGUAUUUUAGAAGAAACAAAAUCUGUUGGUCUCUGUUUGAUUAUUUGGACCAUAUGUGGACUAAUUUCGAUACUUGGUAUGGUGUUGAGAGAAACAUUUCCAGUUGGAGUAGACAUCUAUGUGUUCUUUCUAGGAGCUCUUUGCUAUGCUGAAAUCGGUGCAGUGAUACCGAGAAAUGGUGCAGAAGUAGCUUAUUUGAAAGAAGGUAUUGGAUCAGUUCACGGACGAACAGGUGAUAUAUUAGCGUAUCUAUUUAUUUGGACAAGUACAUUAAUCACUACACCAUCAACUAUUGCUGUUAUUUCUCUCACUUUUUCGCGAUAUUUCUUGUCGGGUGUUAUGGGCGAUUCAUAUUUAGAUUGUGGACCUUCAAAAGAACUUGUAACAAUCUUUGCAAUAUUUACUAUUCGUAUAUUACUUUUUUUUCUCUCUCGUUCUGUUUAUUAUUUAUAUUUAUGUCGUCCAUUUAAAGUUAUGCUCAUCAAUGUUAAUGCGAUCAGUGUAUCAGCAGCAAAUCGUCUUAAUAUUAUUUUUGUCAUUUGUAAAGUUUUGACUAUUAUGACAGUAAUCAUAGUUGGUCUUGUACGAAUAGGACAAGGACAUACAUUGAAUUUGAAACAUAGUUUUCAUGGUACAACAACUAAACCAUUUGGUGUUGCACUUGCAUUUUAUAAAGGUCUUUUUGCAUAUGGUGGAUGGAAUAAUCUAAAUUCAGUAACAGAAGAACUCAAAAAUCCCAAAAGAAAUCUAUGGUUGUCUGUCGUAUUGGGCCUACCGUCGGUUAUUGUUCUUUACGUUCUUACGAAUAUUUCUUAUUUCACUGUGAUGAACAAAGUGGAACUACUUAGUUCCGAUGCUGUUGCUGUUACAUGGGCUCAAGUAGCAUUAGGUCCUGCUGUUCGUGCACUACCCAUUCUCAUUUCUAUCAGUGCAUUGGGAAGUGCUAGCGCCAUCUUAUUUGGUGGUGCUCGAUGUUGUAUGGUUGGUGCUCAAUAUGGAUAUUUACCUGAACUCUUUGCCUGUAUUCAAAGUCAAAGAUUAACACCAUUACCAGGUGUUGUCCUUCUGGUUGUAUUAUCUAUUUGA